AUGAAGGAUGACCGCCUCGAUGGAAGCGCCAAAGAGGUGGUGGGUUCUUACGGACCCGAGCAGUCCAAUCACAUAUGUUUCUGGGAAGAGUGUCCAAGAGAAGGGAAGCCUUUCAAGGCCAAAUACAAACUUGUAAAUCACAUCAGAGUCCACACAGGUGAAAAACCUUUCCCCUGCCCUUUCCCAGGCUGUGGCAAAGUGUUUGCCAGAUCAGAGAAUCUCAAAAUACACAAAAGAACUCAUACAGGGGAGAAGCCGUUCAAAUGCGAAUUCGAGGGCUGCGACAGACGCUUCGCCAACAGCAGUGACAGGAAGAAGCACUCGCACGUCCACACCAGCGACAAACCCUACAACUGCAAAGUGAGAGGCUGUGACAAGUCCUACACCCACCCCAGCUCCCUGAGAAAACACAUGAAAGUGCACUGCAAAUCCCCUCCUCCGAGCUCCGGCUACGAGUCCUCCACGCCCUCCUUGGUGUCCCCCUCCUCGGACUCCGGCCGGGAACCCCCCGCCUCGUGUUCCCACGCCGAGCCCUCCGCGCCCGCGCUGCCCGCCGCCAACCUGAGUGAAUGGUACGUGUGUCAGGGCGCGGGGCCCCGUGGCCCUCCCGGCCCUCCCGGGCCCUUCGCUGCCCCCCCCGCCGCCGCGCCCCGACGGGCAGCCCCGACCCUGCUGCUAGGGCCGGAAGGCGGCGGAGGGCGGCCCACGGCGGGCUGGGGACAGGGAGCGCGGCUGCGGGGCACGGGGAGAUCGAGCGGGAGAGGAGGAGAGGAGCCGCGGCGGGAGUUCGUCCCUGGGGAGGCAGAGACCUGAGCCCCUGCUUCCGUGCCCCAGAGGGCUGCUGCCUCCUUCCCCCCUCCGCCCCACAAGCCCCGCCUCUGACCACCUCGCUCCAGUCUGUUUACAAGUCCCCAGAGUCCCUUCCCUUCCUUCCCUUCCCUUCCCUUCCCUUCCCUUCCCUUCCCUUCCCUUCC